AUGUAUCUCUUUAGCACUAAGCAACAGGCGCCAACCGGUGCGACCACAGCAGCCCAGCCUGGAAAUGCUGGGAAUGACACUGAAGGGCAUCGUCUAUCCACCAUCUCACAGAAUCCGUUUAGAACCCCCCCCUUCGCAACACCAAUUCCUUCCAUUCGCUCCGGAAGGCCAAUUUCUACGGCCACGUCUUUGAACAAUGGACAACCUAGGCGGCGUUUUCAAAGCUCCAGGCUUAACGGCGAGAUGGAGAAGCCAUGGCUCCAUAGCGCCAAGAAAUCCAUGAAUUGGGACAGCAUCAUCUUCUACACCGCUGUGUCGGUUGCGCUGAUGAUUUCCGCCUACAUAUGCUAUGACGCCGUGAAGGACGUACCAAAAAAUGAUUACUGUCUUAUCAUGGAUGACAAGUUCGAGAAUUUGGAUAAUUGGAGCCACGAGGUGCAGAUGAAUGGUUUUGGUACCGGUUCGUUUGAUUGGACAACCGACGACGCCGCCAACUCUUACGUUGACUCCGACGGGCUUCACAUUGUGCCGACACUCACAACGCAGAGCACGGACAUCACUUACGGACAACUCAUGAAUGGCUAUACUGUCAACUUGACAACUGACGGAACCUGCACCGACCGCGACCAGCGCACCUCCGAGCUGGUUACGAGCAAUCCUUGCAGCGCUGUGAGCAAUUCAACAAAAGGGACGAUGAUCAACCCAGUUCGAUCCGCACGAUUGACGACGGCCGGCAAGAAGACCAUCAGGUACGGACGUGUACAAGUCGAGGCCAAGCUUCCUGCAGGCGAUUGGCUUUGGCCCGCCAUCUGGAUGAUGCCGCAAGACAAUGUAUACGGUGAUUGGCCUCGAAGUGGUGAAAUUGAUAUUUGCGAGUCUCGCGGCAACGACGCGGAAACUUACCCACUGGGUAGUAACAUCGUCAGUUCCGCGAUGCAUUGGGGCACAACAUAUUCCAACGACGCCUACCAGAAGAGUUACGGCGAGUGGGGCGCAAAGCGUACCAAGUACUCUGAUGGAUUCCACACCUAUGGCCUAGAAUGGAGUUCGAAAUAUAUGUUCACCUGGCUCGACGGGCGUUUGCGGCAAGUUGUAUACUUCGAUUUCACUAAGAAUAAGAACAUGUGGACCUAUGGCGAGUUUGCCUACGACACUGUGAACGGUACGGCUCCUACGGAUCCGUGGAGCUGGACAGGCAGAGCGAAUUCGCCUUUUGACCAGGAUUUCUAUUUGAUUUUAAACGUUGCCGUGGGAUCUACUAAUGGCUAUUUUCCCGAUGGAGUUGGAAACAAACCUUGGACAGACGGCAGCGAAUCGCCGAUGAAGGACUUCUACUUGGCAAAUUCGACCUGGUUGCCCACGUGGGGUUCAGGAGACUCGAGAGGCAUGGUAGUGAAGUCGGUGAAAAUGUGGCAAGAAGGAUCAUGCUAA